AUGACCGCCCCGGCUGAGUUCUUCCUGCUUUCCGACGACCUACUCCUCAAAAUCUUGUUCAAGCUUCAAGACGACCCUCGCAACUGGGCCCGCCUCGCCUGCGUCUGCUCCAAGUUCUCCUCUCUUCUCCGCAAUGCCUGCUGGAAAUCCAAAUGCAAAGCCACCAUCCCCGCCGUCGUCGCCGAUCUCUUACCCUCUCCCGAUUCCGCUGUCCCCGGCGGCUGGUCUGCGCUCCACAAGCUCGCCGUCUGCUGUCCCGGCCUCCUGCACUCCGGCGUGCUCCUUGAACACUCCGAUUUCGGCCUCGAUCUGGAACUCGGCCCGGAUGAGAAUUUCCCCAGGCCUUCCUCAUAUUUAUCGCUACCCAAGGGCCGGCCACCUCCGCCUCCGCCUUCCCAAUCCUCUUCCGAUGCCAAUUUGGACGUCGCCGAUUGCUCUUGGUCGUUAUUCGACGAUCUGUAUCACGAUGCGGUGUACAGCGUAGAUGAAUCAUCUGAAGGUCCUUCGGAUGCGACCCCGGAGGUCGGCGGCGGCGGCGGCGCCACUGUUAAGGUGGGAACAGAUGCCCCCGUUCGCAAGCGGCGGAAAAUCUGCAGAUCUAUGAGGUCUCAUUUGGCCUCGGGCGUCUGGAACCUAAGCCGCGAGCAAGGGAAUAAGCUGCUCGCCAGCAGAUUCCGAGGGGAUUGUCUCUACAUCUGCGAUUGGCCAGGCUGUGUUCACAUCGAGGAGAAGAGGAACUACAUGCUGUUCAGAGGUAUCUUCAAGGACUUCAAGCGAUCUAGGGUGUGGAGGACGAUAAACGAUGGCAACAGGAGGAAGAUCGAUCUUGAUUGCGCCUUCUGCGAGUGUAGGCAGACCUGGGAUCUCCAUUCUGCGUUCUGCUUGAGGAGGGUUUAUGGGUUCCAUGACGACGGCGAGCCUGUUGUUCGAGCUUAUGUCUGUGAGAAUGGCCAUGUUUCUGGCGCCUGGACCGACUUGCCGUUGUAUACUUGA